AUGAAGUUGAAAUUAUCACAAUCUUCACAAAAGAAAUCUCAACCAUCACAGGCUUCGAAGAAGUUAAAAUUAUCACAAUCUUCACAGUCAUCUAAGCAGUUCAUCCUUCAGUUUCCUAAUCAUAUCAGGUCAUAUAUUGAUGAUGUAGUUAAUGUUGUAUCAGAUGGUAAUUGUGGAUUUAGAGUCAUUGAUUCAUUGCAUGGAUAUGGUGAAGAUGGUUGGCCAAUGGUUCGUCGAGACUUGGGGUUGGAAAUAAUACAUAAUGAAAAAUCAAGUUUGUAUGCCAAUUUAUUUACUGAUCAGUUAGCAGUAGUGAGAGAAUCUUUGAUGAUUGAGGAAUUUGGUCCUCAACCACCACAUAAAUGGUUAACUCUACCAGAUAUGGGUUACGUGAUAGCGAAUCGUUAUAAUGUUGUACUUGUAAACAUGAAAGAAGGGUUUCCAUUGCCACCAGUGACAAUAGAUUGGAAGAAGUUUCGUUCUCCAACAACAACAUUUUGGAUGCUAGGAUUUGCAGGAUGUCUACAACAUUGGCAAUAA